AACGCCGUCACUGAAAGAGUAAAUAGUAGUGUCUAGGACCAGUUGUUGUGUCGUUUAGAAAUAGUGACGAGGAUCUUUCACAGAUUAGUAAGCAACCUGUGACAGACCGUAGUGCAGCGCAGAAGUAGCAGUCCUGAGUAAUUAUUAGCAUAGAUUAAUCCUAUUUUUGAGGUAUUUUGGAAGAGGAAAUUGGAAUAUGGCUGGGACAUUCAUCACCCCAACUUCGCUUGUUGAAAUAACUGUUUCCUGCAGGAACCUUCGUGACACUGAUGUGUUUUCCAAAUCAGAUCCAGUUUGCAUUGUUUACCAUCAGCCAUUUGGGUCAACACAGUGGGUAGAACUAAAGCGAACAGAAUGCAUUCAAAACUCUCUGAAUCCUGACUUUGCCACAAAAAUACCCAUUACUUACCGCUUUGAGGAGCAACAGAGAUUAAAGUUUUCUCUCCUGGACAUAGAUUCAAAUUCCCCAACUAUUGUGAAUCAUGAUUUUCUUGGGGACUAUGAGUGUUCCUUGGCAGAGUUAGUGAGCUGCAUGAAGGUGCAAAAACCUCUGAAGAAUAAAGAAUACAGCGGGGAUAAUGGAACAAUUAUCCUCACCACAGAGGAGCUGAGUUCCUGCAAGGAGGAGCUCUUUGUGCAGUUUGUCGGCAGAAGGCUUGAAAACAAGAGCUGGUUCAGUUCCAUCAGCCCAUUCUUGGAGUUCUCAAAGGCCAAUGAAGAUGGGACGUUUACCUUGGUCCAUAGGACAGAACAUGCUCACAGUACAGUGGAUCCAAUGUGGAAGGACUUUUCUGUCCCUCUGCGCACCUUCUGCAGUGGUGAUUAUGACCGCAGCAUCAAGGUUGAAUGCAAGGCUUACAAGUCUGGAGGCAAUCACAAGUCCAUUGGCGUCUUUCACACAACAGUGCGAAAGCUGACCGAGGGUCCUGGUCAAGCUAAUACGUAUUGGGUUGUGAACGAAGAAAAGAAGAAGAGGAAGGGAAGUAGCUACAAAAACUCAGGGGAAAUAGUACUCAACAAAUGUCAGAUUCGCCAAGUGUUCUCCUUUGUUGAUUACAUCAAAGGUGGAAUGGAAAUUAAUGCUUUUAUUGGAAUUGACUUCACAGCAUCAAAUGGUAACCCACAGACGCCUCAGUCAUUGCAUUUUGUUAACCCUGGGGCCCCUAACCAGUACGCGCAGGCUAUACAGUCUGUUGGCCAGAUCAUUGAAGACUAUGACACAGAUAAGCAUUUCCCUGUCCUUGGCUUUGGAGCGAGGAUGCCGCCCGACUAUACCCAAGUGUCUCACGAGUUCUUUGUCAAUGGCGAUCCUUCGAAUCCUUACUGUUUCAGAGUACAAGGAGUUAUUGAAGCUUAUUAUGGAAGCCUGAGUCGUGUGCAGCUCUACGGGCCAACAAACUUUGCCCCAAUCAUCAAUCACGUUGCACGUUUUGCUGCUUCAAACAAAGCAGGCGAUAAGUACUUUGUCCUCCUGAUACUGACAGAUGGAAUUAUCUCUGACAUGCAACAGACCAAAGAGGCAAUUGUAAAUGCUUCCUCCUUACCCCUGUCAAUCAUCAUUGUGGGUGUCGGGGGUGCAGAGUUUGACUCAAUGGAAGAACUUGAUGGGGAUGUUGUCCGCUUGAGCAGUAAUGGACGUUAUGCUUCGAGAGACAUAGUCCAGUUUGUGUCAUUCAGGGACUUCUUGAAAGGAAGAGGAGAUCAACAUUCUGCAGGACUCAUGCUCGCCCGGGAGGUUUUGGCGGAGGUUCCUGACCAGGUCCUCUCCUACAUGAAGGCCAAUAAUAUUCAGCCUCAACCUCCGAGGGUUCAGGAUGUCAAUCUGCCCCCGACGCACUACUUAAAUCUAGAUAUGUGAGGUUAGCUUUUUAUAGUGCACUGAAUUACAUGAUACUCAGAAGAUUCAAAUGUAUAAAGGUAUGAUUGGACAUGUAACUUUAUAGAUGUAUGGUGU